UCACCCAGGGGACUCAGGAGUGAAGCUGCUCUCUGCUCUACCGGAGAAAGUGAAGUAAGUACACAUUGUGGUCACUUUGGGAACAGUACAAUCCCAGUGGUGUGUGAUGUUCUCCCAGUGUCACCGAGCUCUGAGUUUCCACACUGUACUUCUGUCUGUCUCUCACUCGCUCCCUACAGUGUGGACCAUGCUGGACAACGCAGGAUCAGACCAGGGCUCCUCAAGUACUCCUGCCAGUUCACACUGGACCCCAACACAGCAAACAGAAAACUAGUCCUGUCUGAGGACAAGAGGACAGUGACAUGGAGGGGAGAGGAACAGAAAUAUCCUGAUCAUCCAGAGAGAUUUGACUGUUUUAGACAAGUUCUGUGUGUAGAGAGUGUGUCUGAUCGCUCUUACUGGGAGGUUCAGUGGACUGGAAAUGAGGCUGAAAUAGGAGUGACUUAUAAAGGAAUCAAGAGGAAAGGAGAUGGUGAUGACUGUCGGCUUGGAUACAAUGGCAAGUCCUGGGUUCUGUGCUGCACUGAUAAGAGAUACUCUGUGAGACACAAUAACACACCCACUGAAAUAUCUGCGUCCCCCUCCCCCAGAGUAGGAGUGUAUGUGGACUGUGUGUCCGGCACUCUGUCCUUCUACAGCGUCUCCUCUGUUGAACCGACCCUCCUGUACAGCUUCACCUCCACAUUCACUGAGCCCCUCUAUCCUGUGUUUUCGCUUUGGGGUUCAGAUUCUUCAGUGUCCCUGUGUGACCUGGAAUAGAUACCUGUGUCCUGGGUCUGUUUCGUUUAAUUAUCACUGUUUUAUUGUUGGUGUGCCUUAAACCAGCUGUGGUGUAUUUAUUUUGUUUAUUUGAACGUUUCCUUCACUUCAGAGACUGGGAGGUGAUAGUGAUUAAGUUAACUCGUGGUAAUAUUAUAAACUAGCUGGAUGAAAAACGAACUGAAGCGAGACCCACUGAUGGUGUUUAUUGCUGGUAAAACUCUGCCUGAACUGUACACCUGUUGUUCAUAAUCUCAUACAAUAAGUAUGAAACAAACUCCGCUUUCGAGCUAAUUGCUCCAGCGCCUCCCGCUCGAACACACAUCACUUUCGUCACCCAACAUAGCGGACAGCAGUGGACCAGAAACUGCACUCACUUCCCACAAUGCACCGCUCUCUUAAAGCAACACUGCACUCUAACAGCUUCAUCUCCCUGUUUGUCCAGUUUGUCCUGGUCAAGCAGUUUUGUCAGUAGAGGCUUUAUUCUCAUUUCAACCAUAUACAGCACCACAGAGCACUGGUACAGUAUACAGUGACGUGAAACAACAUUCCUCCAGGGCCAUGGCGCUACAUUGAACAGCACAGAGUUAUCUACACAGACUACAUAAGGUGCAUGUGUUAAGACUUGUGCAAACAGUGCUAGAUAUUACAAUUACUAAAACAGGACAGUAGGCACAAUAAUGGACAGUUGAGCGCCGACCAGUGCACAAGUUCAGUGUCAAUCCAGUCCCUGGAUACUGAUGAGUCUGAUGUCUUAGAGGAAGAAAUUGUUACACAGUCUGGCCAUGAGGCCCGCAUGCUUCACUACCUUUUGCCAGACAAAAGGACAUUAU